AUGAGGCGGAUGGCUUGAUUAGGCGCUGUCCUCGGUGGAUGGACGGUGAUGUGGGCGGUCGGCGGUCCGGGCUGCUCUUCAACGUGGUCGGCAACGUCCUUGGACUCCUGGUGUCCGGCGCGCGGUUGUACGGCUGGCCCCUCUAUGCCAUGGAUGUCGUCCUCGGCUUGGCGGGCGAUGUCGACUGGUUCCUCUCGGCGUUCGGCGGGUGCGGCGCGACUCCAGUCUUGACAUUCUCGGAAGGCGUCCAUAUCCAGUGCGGGAGCGGGCAUACAUCUAACGGUCACCUGCUGGUUUUUUAUCCGAGCAACGGUGCGAGAAAUGGGGGUUCCUGUUUCUGGGGCGUCGUCGUCCGUAUGCUCUCCCGAUGUUUCGUCCUCCGGCUCUUGGGCUGCCGAUGGAUCCUCCACUAGGAUGCAGCUCUCCUCCACCUGCGUCGAAGAUAAAUCAUCCAGUACAUUUGGAUGG